GCCAUCCUGGUUCGAUAUGAUGAGGCCCCGGCAACUAUGCUGCUCAAUCAAGAGAAACGGGAUGGGUUGUGGAGACGCAAAGUUAACCUCCGUCACCCCUGGAAUCUUAACGAUCGCCAUACCCUUCCCCCAUGAACCCCCUACAAUAGAGGGUGGAUUGACACGAUGAGGGAGGAUAAUUUGGAGAUGGAAGGAGAGCCACCCGACUGUCGUUUAUAAUAAGCAUAGAUAUCCCACCGGCAAAGCCAUACCUCUAGUUCUUCGAGACGACUCCCUUUCGACCGAUCUUUCCAAUUCCUUUUUCUUUCUUAGGUUGUAACACCCCCGCGUUGAUCUUCCGUGAAAUCAUGGCGAGAUCUACUGCGCUUUCGCUCCGUGCCGUCCUCGCGUUUGCCGCUGGCGCGUAUUCGCAGAACUGCAUCGGCAGCACCGGAGCCAAGGUCUACGAGGCCGAAAAUGGAGUUCUCAACGGUACUACCGUCGCGACUGAGCAAGCUGGCUUCACAGGUACUGGCUACGUAACCGGCUUCGAAGAUGCCACUGACAAGGUUACUAUCAACCUUGACUGCCAGGGUGAAGGUCAGAAGCUGUUCGACCUCAACAUUAGAUACGCCGGCAUAUACGGCGAGAAGCGCACGAAUGUCAUCCUCAACGGCGGUGCCGCCAGUGAGGUUCUCCUGGCCGCGACCGAAACCUGGGCCAACGUCUCUGCUGGCCAGGUGCUGCUCAACGAAGGCAACAACACUCUCGACAUCGUCACGCACUGGGGAUGGUACCUUAUCGACUCCAUCACUCUCACACCCACCGAGGCCCGCGGACCUCACAAUGUCAACACGGCUCUCGUCAACGCAAAGGCCAACGCCGAUGCCAACGCUCUGUACACCUACCUUCGCUCUAUCUACGGCAAGAACAUCCUCUCUGGUCAGCAGGAACUCAACUACGCAAACUGGGUUAACGAAACCAUCGGCAAGUCACCCGCCCUCGUCAGCGUCGACCUGAUGGACUACUCGCCCAGCCGCGUUGAGCGCGGAACCGUCGGCACAGCGGUCGAGGAGGCCAUCACCCACCACGAGCGCGGCGGUAUCGUGUCCGUGCUCUGGCACUGGAACGCGCCCACGGGUCUUUACGACACAGAGGAGAACAAGUGGUGGAGCGGAUUCUACACUCGCGCCACCGACUUUGAUGUCUCGACUGCCCUCGCUGAUACCACCAACGCCAACUACACCCUCAUCAUCCGCGACAUUGACGCCAUUGCUGUUCAGCUUAAGAAGCUUCAGGAUGCCGGUGUUCCCGUUCUCUGGCGCCCGCUUCACGAGGCUGAGGGUGCGUGGUUCUGGUGGGGAGCCAAGGGCCCUGAGGCGUGCAAGAAGCUUUGGGCUCUGGUGUACGACCGUCUUACCAACCACCACGAGCUGAACAACCUUGUCUGGAUCUGGAACUCGGUUGCUGCGGACUGGUAUCCCGGUGACGAUACCGUAGACGUUCUUAGUGCUGAUGUCUACGCUCAAGGCCACGGACCCAUGACAACUCAAUACAAUGACCUCAUCACGCUUGGCCAGGACAAGAAGCUCAUUGCGGCCACGGAGGUCGGCAGCGCUCCCUUCCCCGAUCUUCUCCAGGCGUACGAGGCCCACUGGCUGUACUUCUGCGUCUGGAGCGAUGGCUUCAUCAACAACACCGAAUGGAACAGUGUCGAUGACUUGAAGAAGAUCUACGAGAGCGAGUAUGUCCUCACUCUUGACGAGAUCCAGGGAUGGAGAGGGUGAGAAUUGGGGAUUUGAAAAAGCAUACAUUCUUCUGCUACCUUCUCUGUAAAUAAUUUUG